CUUUUAUUUUAUUUUUUCUCGUCAAAUUGUUAAUUUGAUCGAAUUUAAAGUAAAAACCUGAACCCUAACCGAUUGUCACUCAAACUCGCCGGAAAGAAUGGUGUACACGGCGGUCACAGUCAAGUGAAAGAAGAAAGGAAGAUUUCUUUAUUGUCUGGAUUUAACCUGGCAACAUCUAUUGUCGUCAUUGUUUUCAGAAAUUCCAAACCAAAAGCCCUGAAUUUCUUCUUCCUUCCCCAUUCCUCCGCCUGCUGCCCCCGGUUACUAGUUCACCACUCCGAAUCACCUUAACAACUCCCCUUCUUCGGCAAUUCAACUAACAGAUAGAAGUGGGCUAACAGUUGGUUGCUCUCCGUUUUGUAGAAAGUAUUGUAGCCAUAAAUUGAAACCAAUAUUCGUUGGUUCCACUGUCUGGCUCUCUCGAUUCUCAUUUAUCCUCUCGUCGAAUAAGUCAACAAGGUAUAACCAUUUUCAUGCGUUGAUGCUUUUCGUUUUAGUCAACCUGUUCAAGUUUUGUGCCUUUUCAUAUUGAAACUUGAUAUGGAUUUUGCUUUUAAACUUUAUAGAGCUAAUGGUUGUUAAAAGAAAUUCUACAGCUGUUUUAAUUCAUUUAUCAAAAACCACAAUCACCCAUAUGUGCAAGCAUCGAAUCUGCAAACAAAACUAGUUAUCCUUUUUAAAAGCCAAAACCCUAUAUACUCAUAUUAUCGCAGCCCCAGUUUCUUCCUACUUUGUCAAUGGACUCUGGAAGUUCUCAACUUUAGCAACUGAAUUAAGUAUUACAACAUCAUUACGGCUCUAUUUUCUACAGUUGAUAGCUGAAUCUUGAAAGUUAAAAGUUUGAAAGCAGAUAAACUUCUCUUAGUCAGAGUUGGAACCUUAUACUUUUGAUCAAAAUCUAUCUGUGAAAGCAAAGAUGAAGGUUGUAGGGUUAGUCAGUGGUGGCAAAGACAGCUGCUUUGCAAUGAUGAAGUGUCUCCAAUAUGGCCAUGAGGUUGUUGCAUUGGCAAACUUAUUGCCUGCUAACGAUUCUGUGGAUGAGCUUGAUAGCUACAUGUAUCAAACUGUUGGUCAUCAGAUUGUUGUAAGUUAUGCGAAUUGCAUGGGAGUGCCUUUGUUUAGAAGAAGAAUACAAGGAUCCACCAGGCGUCAUGACCUUAGCUACAACAUGACUACUGGUGAUGAAGUAGAAGACAUGUUUAUUUUGUUAAAAGAAGUCAAAAAGCAGAUUCCUUCUGUUACAGCAGUCUCAUCUGGUGCAAUUGCUUCUGACUAUCAAAGAUUACGGGUAGAAAAUGUUUGUUCAAGAUUAGGGCUCAUAUCUCUUGCAUAUUUAUGGAAGUUGGAUCAAUCAUUGCUCCUACAGCAAAUGAUUGAAACUGGGAUUGUUGCCAUUACAGUAAAGGUUGCAGCUAUUGGUUUAGAUCCUUCAAAGCACUUGGGAAAAGAAAUGUCAUACCUAUGGUCACACCUUCUUAAGUUAAAUGAGUUAUAUGGAAGUAACGUAUGUGGUGAAGGAGGAGAAUAUGAAACAUUGACACUUGAUUGUCCCCUGUUUAAAUAUGCUCGAAUUGUUCUAGAUGAAUUCCAACUUGUACUUCAUGAUUCAAAUUCCAUAGCUCCUGUGGGAAUCCUUCACCCCGUGUCAUUCCAUUGUGAAGAUAAACCAAAAUCUGAUUCUGUGAGUGACACCAACAGAAGUAACGGUUUCUGUUUGGAGAAUAUGGGGUCUGUAGUUGAAGUACAAAGUGAAUCUCUAGAAACAGUGGAAAACAAAUGUCAUCCAUCUCAUUCUCAUGUUCCCUUGGAUUUAUCUCAACUUGAAACACGUAAACUUCAUACUUCAAGAACUAGAAAAGACAACACUUUCUCCAUAUCCUGUUGGCUGCAAGACUCAGAAACUUCAGUAGAUCUUAAGGAGGAUCUGAAGAUGAUUUUAGUGAAGGUUGAAUCAGAGCUUAAUGAAGCUGGGUUUUCAUGGGAGAAUGUGGUUUACAUUCAUCUGUACAUCUCAGAUAUGAACAUGUUUGGUAUUGCAAAUGAAACGUAUGUAGAUUUUAUAACUCAAGAAAAAUGUCGAUUCGGUGUCCCAUCCCGUAGUACAAUUGAGCUUCCUUUGUCAGAAGCUGGUCUAGGAAGGGCAUAUGUGGAAAUUCUGGUAACAAAUGAUCAAAGUAAAAAAGUUCUUCAUGUGCAAAGCAUCUCUUCGUGGGCCCCUAGUUGUAUCGGACCAUAUAGCCAGGCGACAUUGCAUAAAGAGAUACUCCACAUGGCUGGUCAAUUAGGGUUUGACCCUCCAACCAUGACAUUAUGUGGCGGGGGCCCCACUGGUGAAUUAGAACAAGCUCUUGUAAAUAGUGAAGCUAUUGCAAAAUCAUUCAACUGUUCAAUAAUGACAUCAGCCAUACUGUUUGUCAUUUACUGUUCCAAGUCUACUUCAAAAUUGGACAGAAUCAGUCUCCAAGAAAAGCAAAAAUCCUUCCUUAAUCAGACAAAGCGAUUGCUCAAUCCGGUUUUCUUGUAUGUUCUUGUCCCUGAUCUCCCAAAAAGAGCUUUUGUGGAAGUGAAGCCCAUGCUCUUUGUUGAGGAUAAUAAUAAUACUGAAACUGAGGAAGUUGUUAAUGAUCUGAAAUAUGAAGAGAAUCAUUUUGAUUCAUGUUUUAAACCAGAAAAAUGGCAUGAUGAAUGUGUUCACAAGUGUCUUGUACAUGACAGAAUAUGUGCAGUUGUUUUAUCCAUUACAACUGAAAUUUUUAACACCUGUUUUAAUGUUGACAAUGCUGAGGAGAAAAUGGGACAAGUUGCAAAAUUUUGCAUAUAUCGUCUUGAUAAAGUCCUCUCACAGAACUACUACUCUUGGGAUGAUGUAAUGAAUUUGAGAAUUUACUUUCCAACAAGUUCCAACAUUUCCCAUGAAAAGUUAUCACUCAUCUUCAAAACUAGAUUUGAUGAAUUUGCUGAAACAACAAAAAGGUUGAAGGUUUGUGAUGAACCCAUCUUCAAUAUUGUGCCUGUGAUUGGGGCAGGGAGUUGUGCAACUUCCAUGGAUGAUAUAAUCACAUGUGAGCUACUUGCUAGAAAAUCUUGAUAGAUAUUAUGAUAUGCUAUAUCAAUUUUCUUUUUGUUCUAUAUGAAGGGGAGAAUUAUAGCUAUUGUGAGGGUUAUUUAUGUGAAAAUUCACAUUUUAUAAUUACUAGAAGUAAUGUAAUGUGUGGUAUUUUAAGGUUGGAAAAUGUUACCACGAACACCAAAAGAUCCACGGAUUAUCUGGUUGUAGAUUGAUUGGUGAGUAGUUGAAAUUGUGG